UUUCCGGGUGCGCUCCAUCUUCCAGCGUCCGACCAAGCUGUGGCAGAAACCGCAUCUUCCAUCAUCUCCCCGCCGGGAAGAGCCCCUAAAUAACCAAAUAUUAAUCGCUUCGAUUCUUACAUCCCUUUAUUUGAGAAGCUGUCAGAAUGACUGACUCCAAGUAUUUUACCACCAACAAAAAAGGUGAAAUCUUUGAGCUAAAGGCUGAGCUAAACAAUGAGAAGAAGGAGAAGAGGAAAGAGGCAGUGAAAAAAGUCAUUGCAGCCAUGACAGUGGGCAAGGAUGUCAGUUCCUUGUUUCCAGAUGUGGUAAACUGCAUGCAGACCGAUAACCUGGAGCUGAAGAAACUGGUUUACUUGUACCUUAUGAACUACGCCAAGAGCCAACCUGACAUGGCCAUCAUGGCCGUCAACAGCUUUGUGAAGGACUGCGAGGAUCCGAACCCACUGAUCCGAGCUCUGGCUGUGCGUACGAUGGGCUGUAUUCGUGUGGAUAAGAUCACUGAGUACUUGUGCGAGCCUCUGCGAAAGUGUCUGAAGGAUGAAGACCCCUAUGUGAGGAAGACCGCCGCAGUGUGUGUGGCCAAACUUCAUGACAUCAACGCUCAGAUGGUGGAGGACCAGGGCUUCCUGGAUUCUCUCAGGGACCUGAUCGCUGACUCCAACCCCAUGGUUGUGGCAAAUGCAGUGGCUGCGCUGUCUGAGAUCAGCGAGUCUCACCCCAACAGCAACCUCCUGGACCUGAAUCCCCAAAACAUCAAUAAGCUCCUGACGGCCCUCAACGAGUGCACCGAGUGGGGCCAGAUCUUCAUUCUGGACUGUCUCUCCAACUACAACCCCAAAGAUGAGCGUGAGGCCCAGAGUAUCUGUGAGCGUGUGACUCCACGACUCUCUCAUGCUAACUCGGCUGUGGUGCUGUCGGCGGUGAAGGUGCUGAUGAAGUUUCUGGAGCUCCUGCCCAAAGACUCGGAUUACUACAACACUCUUCUGAAGAAGCUCUCUCCUCCCCUUGUUACGCUGUUGUCUGGGGAACCAGAGGUCCAAUAUGUGGCCCUCAGGAACAUUAACCUUAUCGUGCAAAAACGGCCUGAGAUCUUGAAGCAAGAGAUCAAAGUGUUCUUCGUCAAGUACAAUGACCCCAUCUACGUCAAGCUGGAGAAACUGGACAUUAUGAUCCGCCUGGCCUCUCAUGCCAACAUUGCCCAGGUCUUGGCUGAACUGAAGGAGUAUGCCACCGAGGUGGAUGUAGAUUUUGUUCGGAAAGCCGUUCGGGCCAUCGGCCGUUGUGCCAUCAAAGUGGAGCAAUCAGCUGAGCGUUGUGUUAGCACCCUGCUGGACCUCAUCCAGACCAAAGUCAAUUAUGUUGUGCAAGAGGCCAUUGUGGUCAUCAGGGACAUCUUCCGCAAAUACCCCAACAAAUAUGAAAGCAUAAUUGCCACUCUGUGUGAAAACCUGGACUCUCUGGAUGAGCCCGACGCUCGAGCAGCCAUGAUCUGGAUUGUGGGCGAAUAUGCAGAGCGUAUCGACAAUGCUGAUGAGCUCCUGGAGAGUUUCCUUGAGGGCUUCCAUGAUGAAAGCACUCAGGUCCAGUUGACUCUCCUGACAGCCAUUGUGAAGCUGUUCCUGAAGAAGCCUUCAGAGACUCAAGAGCUGGUUCAGCAAGUGCUCAGUCUGGCCACUCAGGACUCUGAUAACCCUGACUUGCGUGAUCGUGGCUACAUCUACUGGCGUCUGCUGUCCACCGACCCCGUGACCGCUAAAGAGGUUGUGCUGUCUGAGAAGCCUCUGAUCUCCGAGGAGACGGACCUGAUUGAGCCCACCCUGUUGGACGAGCUCAUCUGCCACAUCGGCUCGCUGGCCUCCGUCUACCACAAACCCCCCACUGCCUUUGUGGAAGGAAGCCACGGCAUUCACCGUAAACAUCUGCCCAUCCAGCACGGCAGUAUCGACACCGGGGAGAGUCCAGUCAGUACUGGCCAAGCUGCUUCCAUCGACCAACCCCAGGUUAUUCCAUCUCAGGGUGACCUUUUGGGAGACCUGCUUAAUCUGGACCUCGGGCCUCCCGUCAACGUGCCCCAGGUGUCUUCCAUGCAGAUGGGCGCUGUGGAUCUCCUUGGGGGUGGUCUGGACAGUUUGCUCGGGGGAGAUCUGGGAGGAGGUGUUGGGGGCAGUCCUGCAGUGGGCCAAAACUUUAUCCCGUCAUCGGUGCCCAACACUUUUGCGCCGUCUCCUACACCUGCUGCCCUCAGCAGUGGGCUCAAUGACCUGUUUGAGUUGUCCACAGGAAUGUCCAUUACUACAGGAGGAUAUGUGACACCUAAAACUGUGAGUGCUACUUGCUUGUAUCUUUCUAUGAGAUACCAUGAUCACGGUGUCUUUGUUUGUUUUCUUGUCUUUAGUUUUGGAGUGAUCCCCACCACACCUCUCCCCAUUCACACUCCGCUGAUGCCCAGCCAAAGCAUCGACAUCUCCCUCCCUCUCAACACCAUCGGACCUGUGAUGAAGAUGGACCCACUAAACAACCUACAGGUGGCCGUGAAAAACAAUAUUGAUGUCUUCUACUUCAGCACGCUGAUCCCUCUCAACGUGUUCUUCGUGGAGGACGGCAAAAUGGAGCGUCAGGUGUUCUUGGCCACAUGGAAGGACAUACCGAACGAGAAUGAGCUGCAGUACCAGAUCAAAGAAUGCCACUUAAACGCAGAUACGGUGUCAGGCAAACUGCAGAACAACAAUAUCUACACCAUUGCCAAGAGGAACGUAGAAGGCCAGGACAUGCUGUAUCAGUCGCUCAAACUCACUAACGGGAUCUGGAUACUCGCCGAACUGCGCAUACAACCUGGCAAUCCCAAUUACACGCUGUCUCUGAAAUGCCGGGCUCCAGAAGUGUCUCAGUAUGUGUACCAGAUGUACGAUGCCACUCUGAAGAACUGAACACCACUAUCGUCCUUUUCUCUCUCUCCAUAUUUGUCCUUUCCUCCCCAACCAGCCACCACCACCUCUGUGGCAGAGGAUCCAGCUCUCCAAUGUUUUCUGCCACUAUUUUAAGUCCAUCUAUAGGUACCAGUAUGUGCCCACUAUGCGUGAAUCACACAUGUUCCGUUCUAGCCAAAUGUCUUGAUGUUGUUGAUAGCGUCGAAGGGAAUUUUGGGACACCGCUAUAUAUUUUUUAAUUGUUUGAAUGCAUUGUCAGGACUUCACCUUCCCAUGCCCUGUAUUUGUCAUCUUAUUGCGAAGAAGGCAAGAGUAUACGUGUCAAAUCUUUAAACUGAAGCAAGUUAUACUGUUUUAAUGGAAACCACAUAAAAUCAAUAUAUUCCUGAAAUAGUACGUUUUUGAUAUACAUCAUGCGUUCUCUGAUUUGCUACUUCAUGCGAUUGUACAACAUUGCCAGCUAUCUAAUUAGCCUUGCAUGCUUUGACCAACAUAAAACGUCACAUUCCUUUUAAUGUUUUGACUAUCUCGUUCAGCUUAACCACUGCUGAACAUGACGACACUCCAUCAAUGUCUUAUAUCAGUGAAACUGCUAUGAGACGACUUAACGUGAUACAAAAAGACUUUUCUAUCAAUCUUGUAUAAGUGGGUCAUCUGAUAUUAAUUCCCAGACUGAAUCCAUCCAUAUGUGAUGUAUUGUGCUUGUGAAAGUGAGUCGGUUUUGUGCGGUAGUUUUUGGAGUGUUAGAAAUAUCUGUUCAACAUUAUUAUAUCUACAACUUCGCUCAGCUUUGGUUUACGAAUAAUACACUAACAUAUGGAUGCAAUAAAAAAAAAUUUAAAUAACGUAGACUCAGCGAUACAAGGAUGAAUCACGUUUGGACUGUUAAGUAGAGUUGAGUGUGUGUGUGUGUGUGUGUGUGUGUGUGUGUCCCCGAAACUUUAUUAGUCUUCAUGGUGGUGCUGGUGACUAAAUGUGAACCUUUUUUGUUGCCAUAGUUGCUAAUGUGCCUGUGAACCUGCAUGUAAGCAGUGUCCAAUAAACAUCUGCCAGUAGAACACUUGUAUAAGAAGGUGAAAUAUUAAUACAUUAACCUUUAUAUGUGCAAAUGUGAGUUUUAAGGAUUAUGAUUUAUACUGUCAAUGCGCGUCCUAGUAAUGAAAUGUGAAGUCUGACAUGCACAAGUUCAACAAAAAGUCCGAUCAAAUUUCUCCAGGAUUAUUUUAUGGAUAGUUGUAAAUCAAAAUAAAGUCAGCAGUGUUGGCCUCCCAAA